GUUGUGUUUUAAACAACAUGGCAGUUACACGUUUAGGUUUCUUCGCCGCACUGUGCUUUAUCGGACUAAGUGCAACAUUUGCCUCACCAAAUUCCAGAAUUAUAGGCGGUUGGGAUGUGGUCUCCGGUGAGCAGCCGUGGGUUGCCUCAAUUCGCGUGGACAAUGCUCAUGUCUGCACUGGCACAAUUAUCUGCAAAAAACGCAUUCUAACCGCUGCACACUGUGUCUCUCAACUCGGCACUACACCUAUUGAUGCCAAACGCAUAACUGUACGUAUUGGUAGCGUAAAUCAAUAUGCUGGUGGUGAAAUACGUGAAAUCGAAGAAGUCCGCAUACACCCUUCAUACGGCAACUUCCUGCAUGACGUAGCGUUGCUGUUCUUCACCGAAUCACUUGAGUUCAAUGAUAAGUAUAAUAAAAUAUGGUUUGCAGGCGCAGAUGAUGUGAUUGAAGAUCGCGCUUCAGUAACAGUUGCCGGAUGGGGUCUCCUAUCAACUGGAGCUACACCAUACAAAUUACAAGAAACUAAAAUGACUGUGUUAAGCGCACCUGAAUGCGAAUAUGAAGCAGGUUAUGGCUAUGAAAGUAUACUUUGCUUGCAGCACCCUGUAAAUGAAGGAAUCUGCCGUGGUGAUGAUGGCGCUGGUGUUUACGUGGAUGGUAUUUUAUAUGGUGUUAUUAGUUUUGCAUUUGGCAGUUGUGGCACAAAAUAUCCUGAUAUUGCUUCAAAAGUUUCAUACUACGAGGAAUGGAUUAAUAACAAUCACUAAAAUUUUUAUAUCUUAGCAGUUAAUAAUAAAUAAUCUUAUAAUU